CGUGUCCAGUGAAGCUCGCAUCAUCAUCGGCCGAACAACGUUUGUUUAUUUGCGUUGCUGUUUUGCAAGAGCCCGCGCGAUGAUUUUCUUCAAAACCAGUAAGUGUAAUUAUAAUAUUAUUGUUUCAAAGGUAAACGAAAUCUAUAUGAUCUUAUCUGGAUAUUCGGAACGUAAACACAUUUCGUUUACUAAAUUUAAGUACCUCAUAUUGUUACGAUCAUUACGACCUCUAAAAUUAAACACAUUUUUUUCAAUAAUUAUUAUUAAUUCCAAAUGAUAAUAUCGGGCAAGAGCAGUGACGUACGCAAAGAGAAGGUUUUUAGGUUUAAUUAAUUUAAUUAAUGAUAUAACUCCUUAUAUCCUUUAAUCGGUUUAGGAAUACAAGAAAUUUACGAUUGUUAAUUUAGUAAUUUAAUCUUGAAGUUAUACAUUUCGAUCAAGUUACAGCGAAAAGUUUGAUUUUUUGAUUAAAAUGUAGACUCAUUUGGUUUACAAGGAAAUACUACUAUUCAUUCAUGACUACAGUUGUCCCAUCUACUAAUUUAAUUUCCCAUUUGUUAGCCAAUUAAAAGCAGAGUUUUUAAAAAGUCCUUUCAAUAACCGAAAACAAUAAAUCAAUUAAAUUUAACGUUUCUCACCUAUCCCUUCCAUCACAUCCCCUAUAUCCUUUUUAAAUUCAUCGGGCCAUCAGGGUAACUCAGAAAUUAAUAAAAAUAUACCACACAUCAUGUGUAAGCUACACUUUAGGGGUAACUCAACUCCUAAAGGGGUUGAAUUUUAAAAAUCCGACUUUGAAAAUUCGAGGUAUACACGGUCCUGUACAUCAAUUUCCGUGCACAUUUUCAGAUCAUUAUAUAAAAUCGAUUUGAUUGUGUAUUGUACACGUGUAUUUACGCAUUAAAAUAUUCAAUUUAAAGCAAAUUGAGUUGCCUAUAGUGUUGGCGCAACAAAAAAUUAUUUAAAUGCAUUAUACGAGUACAUAGGUACUAUAUUUUGCAAUAUACCGUUAGUAGUUAUUUCUCCAAAAUAUUAUCAAAAAGAAAAAAUAUAAAGAUAUAGCUAAAAUCAAAGAUUAUUCAUCUUCGGGGAUCGAUAAUUGUUUUAGUUCAUUUUUUGUCGGACGACCCAAGUACUUUUCAAUCAUCAUUUUCUUAUCUAGUACGUAGUGCACAUCAGAAGGCUGUGGCACCAUCAUGGUCACUAUUUUACCGUAGUUGUUCAAUAUGCUUUUAAUUUUCAUUUUGUAAAACAUAAGCUGUCGAGAAUCCCGGUUUAAAUCGUUUAGCUUUUUGGUUCUUUGUUGUAUGAGCGAUUCCAAUUCUUUCCGAUUUGUUUCGUCAUCGUUGAUUACUGGCAGUUCGGGAGGCGGUUGCGAUUGUUUGGACGAUAAUAUUCUUUGAUAAUUUAUUUUCGCCAAAGCGAGAUCUCUGUUGUAUUUUUUUAUCAAUGACUUUUUCAGAUUUUCGUAGUUUUCGUCGUGUUUUUGUUUCAUGUCUGCUAGUUGUUUUUCGUUUGUUUGCUGAUAACAAUCAAUUAACUGUCUAUAGUAAUUUUUGAAAUCCGCCAAAUUCUGUAUCUUGAAACGUUCGAAUUUCUUUCCUAAAUGUUUUUUCUGCUCUAAUAUCGAUUCUUGGAAAUCUGCCGAAGUCAAUCUCUUCACUUCCAUUAAAUAUUGCUUUCUACGUUCUUCGCAGCCAUUCCGCGUGUCUGCAGUCGCCGUGGCUAAAUCUUUCUACAGAAUAUACUAGCAUAUUAGUUCAAAUAUAAAUUAACGAUAGAAAAAAUACUCGUUUAAAAGAAAUAUGUCUGAACUUUUGUAUUACAAAUUCAAUUCUAUUUUUUACCAUCGGUUUCAAGUUGCUAAGUAUAUAGGUACAUUUUUACCGAUACGAGUGCUUGGGUAAGCUAUUCAAAUAGAAAAAUAUAAAAAGUUGAAAGACGUUAAAAAGGCUAGUUAGAAAUGCAUGUUGGUUAUGUUGCAGGUGAAUAAAAAAUAUUUAUUGAAGAUUCUCCAUGAACCGAACAGACAGUAGGUUCUUCGAAAAUUCAUGACGAUUGAAAAAUAUUUUCAAUUUUAAUAUAGAUAUAUAAUUAAAUUUAUUCCACAAUUUAUUUUAAACCCUUUUGCGCAAAAUAGCCAUAUAACUCGGUAAUAUUUUCUAUUUAUACUGUUAUUAGGUUAUGUUUUAUAGAUUCUAAGUGAAGGAUAUAUCGGUUACUGGAAUGUAUUUUUUUUUUUUGUCUAUGUAUGUCUGUAAACAACUUUUCUACCAAAAAUCUUGCUCAAAUAACAAACACUAUUGGAUAUUUUGUAGCAUUUUUUUAAUUUAGGAGAUAAUUUUUCAAUUUUACUUUAGGUUUUCUUAAAAAAUAGAAAAAAUUUUAAUUCUUUUAUAAUUGUUGUUUUCUGGUUUACCCAAGGUAGUAUGUCUAAAAAGGAAAAAUACGAAUAAUAAUACUCUGGUAAGAAUUAUUUUUCAUUAACAAUGGUUUAUUGUUGCGUACAAAUAUAAAUUUAAUUUCCACUCUUAAUUUUCACCUACAACAGUGGCCCACCCAUCGUUCGAAGUAUUUUUUUUCUGUCUCUACCAUUUAUUCGAAAGCAAUAACGCGAGACGUACUCUCUGAACUUACGUUAAAUUUUAUUUGUGUUUCUUCGGUAAAUUGUAGCAGUUUUUUUUUGCUUUCCGACUGUAUGUUCGCCUUUUCUUUUUGAAGCUGACGUUGCACUAGGUUCUCCAUCGUCUUCCGUUUCUGCUCGACCGUGUUUUGCAAUCCGUCUUUCAGAUCGUUAAAACAUUUGUUCAUCAGAAAGUCACCCUUAACUGAAACCAGAAGAGACAAUAAUAAUAUUUUAAAACUACACACUAUUUAAUAAUAAUUAGAGCUCGGAUUUUCAUGCACUUAAAAUUAUCCUAAUGUGUAUGAUGCAUUUUUAUACAUUCUAUAAAAUUGACUAAAAAGGUUAGGUUAGGCAUUGAAAGUCAUAAAAUACGCACUUUCACCUAAAAAUACUUCAAAUUAUGUACAAACAAUAAAACGUUUAAAUUUAUAAAAUGUAUAUGUUUUUUCAGUCAGUUUUUUUUUGUAAAAAGUUGUGCUCAUUCUAGUAUUCUAAUAUGGACAUGAAAUGUAUACAGACAGGAGAAUCCUAUCACGACUACAUUAUUAAUGUUAUGAUGAAAAAUUAGAAAGCAUACGGAAUAAAUACAAUACAAAAUGUACGGGUACAAUACAGGCAUUUUAAAGUAAACAAUUACAAAAAAUAUACUAAAAUAUGCAUUUAUAAUCAUAAUAUCAUAGUAUGAAAAAUAAAAACUGUAUAAUUUCAUUCAGUAGUAUUUGAACUGAAUUCAUAAUUGCUGCUCAAGGAUGGACUGUGGAGUAUACAGUCUACUGUUCUAGAAAAUAAAACGACUAGGAACUAUUCGAGGAUGUAGCUGGAAAAAAUUUCGGGGAGUCCAUCAUUUUUUUAAUCAAUUUUAUGAUCGUUUAGAAUUUUUCUACAAUUGUUAUAUAUUGAAUAAAAUUCAAGGGAAUCCGAACCGCUCCUAGGUACGGUUUUAAGUCUUGUCAAUCUAACCAAAAUAACAACACUUUCCCAUAAACCAUCAAAAUUCACAAUUUUAUUAAGUACUAAUUUAUUGUAGUAUUUUAAAUUUGAAAUUUUUGCUAGGUGGUGUUACUAGGGGUCAUUUUGAUACUGUACUAAAAUUAUUUUCACGUAAGGAGAUAAUAAUUUUGUUCUGGUUUACAUUUUUGCAAAUUCUUAAGAAAUAAAAUAAACAUUUUUUUUUUAAAGAAUUGUUAACCCUGUUAACUACUAGCACGGUCCACCUUUAUAGGUAAAAUUUAAAUUGGACAAAACGUAGGACCAUAUAUUUAUUAUUAUACAUUAUUAUUUUUAUACAUCAGAGCCCUAGACAGUAAUAAUUGUAUAAGCAUUCCUUCUCCUCCUCCACAAUCUGUUACCUAAAAUCUUCUUGUGUAAGUUCGCUUUACGUUGUUUUUCCCAUUCUACCGGAGAGGGUAUUCUGCGAACGACGUUUGACCGAAAAUUGGCAGGUCUCUUUCUGAGCUUUUUCUCGGACACCUAGUUAGUAAACAAAAUAUACAUAUAUAAUAUAAUAGUAAAAAGUUAGAAAUCGAUGUUUAAUGGUAUUACAUUAAAACAUCUAGCGGUUCCUUGUACAUCGUGCGAAUUAUACGUUAAUUUUUUUGUGUGUGUUUCUGUCGUUUAUGAUAUAGAAUUAUACGGCUUUUAAAAAUUAAAAUAUUUAUCAUUCCAGUAAAAUUUACCCAUCAUGCCGAAUGAACAAAAAUCUAUAUAUUAUAUUAUAUUAUUACGUCUAUAUUAUUACGAGUGCAAGCCAGAAUCGCUUGUAAAUAUAUAAUAUCAUAUCUAUCGUUUAAAUUAUUUUUGAUUUAUAAACGUUGUAUUUUAUGGUAUUCGAACAAAUAAUGUACAUUUUUUAACCCUAUCUAUUUAAAAACAAAUAAAUGUUCGUAUUUUAAUCUCCAGACUCACGUGUGAGCUCUCAACAUAGUUCGAAUUUCUAAAAGUACCUUACUAUUGCACAAAUUAUUGUGCAUGAUAUAUAGAACCACAGUGUAAAUUUCAAGUUUGUAUACCAAACCGUUCAUGUGGUAGAGCGAUAAGAAAGUGAGUAGUAUUUGUUUUAGAUUGGGAGCGUAAUGAGGGAUCUAUUGGCUUCUUUUUUAUGUCUGUGAACAACUUUUCUAUUAAAAAUCUUGCUCCGAAGUAUCAAGUUUAGCAGUUUUUCUGAAAGUUAAUUUUCUAUAGUUGGUGCAUUGAGGGGUAAUUUUUUGAUUUUUUUAGAUUUUUUUCAAAAUAAUUGGGAAAAACCAAAAAAGACGAAAAGUAUGAUUUUUUUUCUUCAAAUUAUGCCGUAACGAUUUUAUUAUUUUUUUACAAUUAUGCAUUAUAAAUUAUUUGUCGGAAAUGUUUUGUGUAAAUUAAAUAAUAUUUUUUAAUUUUAAAUCAUACGACGAAGGUAAACGUUCGAAAUAACGUUAUAAUAAAAUUAGGUAUAAAAUUAUCACGACACGAACUAAAAUUAAUAACCGAAAAUUAUUUAGCUUUUUGGAAUACGUACCUUUGCACUGUUCAUCCUGAUUUUAGUAAAUUCAAAAGAAACAAUAUGAGUGUACAAUAUUAGAUUUAAAAAACUAAAUAUAAAAUAAUAAAUAAAUGUAAACAAAAUAUCAUCUAUUAUAAAGAUAAAUAUAAAUGUUCGAUAUUAAAACCUUAGUAACUGUAAAAUAAAAUAAAAAUUUAAUCGUGAAAAAAUUUACAAAUAGCUAUAUUUUUUAUUUAGUAUAUUUACUAAAAUAUAGUAAAUAAACUCUGAAACUCAAUAAUAAUACUUUAAUUUAAACUUGGUAUUUGCAUUGCAUAAUAUUAUGUGCAAGUGUAAACAUUUUUGGCUAAUCGAACGGCAAUGGUCUUGGAUAAUAAUGGAAAAUAUUUAAAUGCUGCAAAUUGAAUAAGCAUCCUAAAAAAAAAAAAAACAAAAAUUAUGUAAUGUAAAGAAAAUAGAAAAAUUUAAUUUUAAAAAUAAUAAAAUAUAAGCUUUCCCAGUGAGGCACAGUAAUCUAUUGAUUUCAAAUAAAAAUAAAAAAUAAUAAUAAUUUUGUUUUGUGCAUUUAUUAGUGUAACUGAAGGUAGAACCAAUUAAAUUUGAGAAUUUACCGCGGGAAAUUUAAAUAUUAUUUUAGUAUUACUAUUCUUAAAAUGACAUCGAUUUUAACGAUUUUAAGAUAACAUGGUACGGUUGCCCGGACUAGCAAUAAUAAUAAUUAUUAUGAUGUGGCAAAUUUAAGACCGAUAAUUGAAUAGUAACAGUACUUAGUUUAUGUCAGGUUUUAGCAUAUAAUCUGACGAAACACAAUAUUACACGAUCGUAAAGUUUUGGUUGUAUGAAACGGUAUUACGAAAAACGAACUAUUUGUCUUGACUGUUUUCUGACGUCACUUACCAUUGUUUAACGCUAUUAUCAUUGGCUAUAGUCAUUGCCAUUUUAUUGAGGGUAUUGCAGAGAAUAAUAAUAUGUGUUAUAAUAUUGUCAUAUUAUGUUUCGUUAUUUUACGUUUUCGUCGAUUCAAUAUGUCACCGUAUGUAAUGCGUUUUUUUUCAUUUUGUAAUACAGGUAUCUAAUAAUAACAUUAUUUUUGCUCUUAUAGUAACCAUAAAAUACCAUAAUGUUAAAACAGAGACACAGAGUAAUCAAUAGAACGGGCUUACAAACGGGUCGAUGGAAAUUACGAAUUGUAAUGUUAAAAUAAUUUUUUUUUAUGGGAUUUUUGAUAAUAUAAUAAUAGGUUGCCAUUUGUAAAUUAAAAGCGGGCAGUGGUCUGCGUGUAACAUUUUAAAGCUGGUUUGUAUCUUAAAUUUUCCAAAAAAAAUACUUUUUUUCCGGAGUAAAUAAUGAGCGUUGUUACGUUGUGUGGUUCACUUUGUAUUAUAACGCGAGCGGCUAAAGUCUAUGCUUAAAGUUAAAAAAAAAAAAAUAGACAAUUUAGUUGGAAAUUAUGAAUUUCGACGAGUUGAUGAUCUACAUAAUUUGUUAUUUAGACUCAGGAGUGCCAUCGUUACGCUAUAAAAAGCCGUUAUUUUUGUUUAAUGAAGAAUUAAAAAAAAAAAAAAAAAACCUUCCUACAUUUACUAUAAAUUAUUGUUUAUAUUAUUUAUUAUUAGAGUGCGCAUUAUAAAAAUAAUUUUGAGUACAAUUUUGCAUCUCUGACGUAGUUACUUAUGGGACUUGGUUCCGUAGUCAUUUUUGCAGUUUCCGUUUAAAAACGGAACUCAACGAAUCGAGGUCAUUUGUUAUUUUUAUUUGCAGUACGGUUUUACACUUUUACGCGUGCGUAAUUAAACGGAUAAUUUUACAAAUUAUUGCAACCCUCUUCAUCCUGUAGGUUCGUUUUUUUCCAUUUAUAUUUAUGCAUAUUCUCAUUCGAAAAAUUUGUUUGGAAAGCAUAUAGAUAAACCACGUUUAUGGUUCAUUUUUCAUAGUAUUGCGCUAACUCAAGCUUUUAACUAUACGGAACGGAAUAGCUAUCAAAGUCUUUUGUCGAAAAGACUAAUUUCGAUUCAAACAGAUAUAUAAAAACAGAAUUAUGUUGCGACUCUAAUCUAACCAAACCAAAUUUUGUUUUUCAGCGGUGACCAUUACCACGGUAAUAGCAUUCGCGUCGGCUUGGUCUACACAAUUUCCGCAAUUUUUCCAUUCGCUUCAACCGCCGCCACCGCCACCGACGCCUUUUGUGCCAUUUUAUCAACAAGCUCAACAGCAGCUACUGCUGUCGCGUUACCGCCCGAACCAACAUCAAUUCCAUCAACCAUUACUGUCAUGGUACCAAUCGCCACCGACCGUUUCGACUAUGCUGCCUCUGCGCGUUUUACCACCGCAAGACGCUGACCAUCAUCAACACCACCAUCACCACCAUCACCAUGUAAUCUAUUACUUUUCCGUGGAACCCGAUCGGGUGGCCGGCCGAAAUAUUAGGUUGGAUUCGCGUCGGCCAUCAUGCGACGGUCACCAUCAACCGGUGGAGGUUCCCGGAUUCCCACCGGAGUACCUUCCGCCAUCACCACCGCAGGUACCACAGAUACCACAGAUACCACCACCGACCACAACGCAACCUCCUUGCGACGACGACGAUACCGUGAUCGUAGACAACGUCGACUACUAUCCGUUUGGCAAAAAGCCGAUAGUCGUCGCGUCCGAAUCCGUGGUCCUAAACCGUACACAACUUCCGAAUCAAAGUCCGCCACGAAACGUGUCAAAUUUCAUUUUAUCCAACUAUUUGCUGCCACCCAAUAAAUAGUGAACGAAAUAAACGGAUGUUUCGACAAGUAUCGAAAUUAUUGGUGGCACUACGCAAAUAUGUCCAAAUGCGCGGUUCAGCGUCAAACUUUAACUCUGAUUGACUGGCAUAUUAUUUUAUAUUAUUUAUAAACGGACUUAUCAUCAUGCUAAUUCACAUUUCGAAUCUAGGUACCUAAAUAUAUAUAUAUAUAAGUAUAUUCAGUACUUAAUAUUAAGAAAUUAAAUAUUUUCCUUGAAAUUUAAAGAAUUAUAAUAAAUCAAAAAGUUAUUGGCAUACUUGUUUAUGUUAUUAUAUCUAAUUCGAG